GUUGGUUACAAAGAAGUGGACAAAUCAUUUUUCUUUACUAUGAGCCGAAAGGGUGUAAUGCAGCAUUCUGGUGGUGAAGUAGUUUUCACUUCUUUAGAUAAGUGGGAAGCAGAAUACAAGAUGUAUAAAAGGCUAGUUCAAAUUAAAACGUUUAAAAAUUUUAGAUUGUGGAAAGGUUUCUAUGUAUGGAGGAAGAACAUAAUUUACAAUAAAAUUCACCUAGCUAAAAGAAACUUAACACAAAAUAUGUUUAUUCUAAACCCUUUGUUGAGACAAGGCUUGCUGGAUAUUCAAUAUAUGUGUUAUAAAAUGUCGGAUUCAUCGUUUGUAAAUAGCAUUGAAAGAGAAAAUAUUUGGUUGUUUUACUUCAUUGAAAAUCAGAUGGAUAAACUAAUAGUAAUAAAAGAUAAAUUAAACGAAUUCCAUGAUCUGGUGAAAGAAAUUGUAUUUAAUGCAUGCCACGGUGCUCUUCUUUUAAAAGGAUUCGUUGUAGAUGAACGACUUAUAGAAGACACAAAAGGUAUACUUUACAUAUAA